AUUCACCUUUGUCCGCUUGUUUAAUAUGUGCAUUAGUUUACUAAGAACAUACAGUAGUAUCGCAGUUCGUAGUAUAAAAUCAACUAUGGCGGUAAGACAGUCUAGUGAUAUGGCAAAGUUUCGUGAAGCAUUGAAAUCUGCGAAAGAAGUCGUAAUUUUAUCGGGAGCCGGUAUUAGUGCAGAAUCUGGAAUCCCAACGUUUAGAGGAGCAGGUGGUUUCUGGAGGAAGUAUAAUUCGCAAUCCUUGGCGACACCAGGUGCUUUUAAAAGCAGCCCAAGUUUGGUUUGGGAGUUUUAUCACUAUAGAAGAGAAGUAGCAGCUAAAGCGCAACCUAAUGCGGGUCACAUAGCCAUUGCAGAGUUUGAAGCAAAAUGUAGUACAGAAAAGAAAAUAACAGUAAUAACUCAGAAUGUCGACAACCUUCACGGAAGAGCUGGUUCUAAGAAUCUGAUUGAACUCCAUGGUAACUUGUACAAGACUAGAUGUACUAAGUGCAAAGAGGUAUUGGUGAACACAGACAGUCCUAUUUGUGAGGCCUUAUCUGAUAGGGGAGACCCAGAUUCUACUUUUAUAGGGUCAGAUAUUCCUGUAAAUUCAUUACCACACUGCAAGAAAACAACCUGCGGGGGUCUGCUAAGGCCACACAUAGUCUGGUUUGGAGAAGGUUUAGAACCAGCUGUCUUGGAAAAAGCUGGGUCAGCAAUGUCAACGUGUGAUGUGUGCCUCGUGGUUGGCACAUCAUCAGUGGUCUAUCCUGCCGCAAUGUUUGCACCCCAAGCCGCACAGAGAGGCGCCAUAGUGGCUGAAUUUAACAUUGAACCUACACCAGCUACACCAGACUUCCAUUAUUACUUUGAAGGUCCUUGUGGAACUACUUUACCACAGGCUUUAGCAGUUUGAAGUUAUUUACUUAAGCUGCAAGACAAAACUAUAAAAUAAAAAUAAAAUAACAAAAAUUAUGUUUGAGAAAAAUAAAUAUAUUUAAAAGAAAGUAAGACACAUGAAAAAGGAGAAGAUAGACAUAAUUUUUUAAUAAUGAUAAUGAGGA